AUGCCUGUCGGUGCUUUCGCCGGCAUGGGCUCACUGUCGACACUCGGCACCCCUUUCGCUCAUUUUCUUCCCAAGUUUCUGAACAAUAAUCCCCUGCCGAAUGGGUUUCCCUGGGGCACAAGAACCGCGCAAAAGACGAAUCCAUAUCUCGAUCGACCGGAAACAGGAGUCGUUCGCCACUAUGAUUGGACUGUCAGCAAAGCCAAGGCUGCGCCCGAUGGAGUCUCGAUUGACAUGCUCCUCAUCAAUGGACAAUUCCCAGGCCCAAUAAUCGAGGCUAAUUGGGGCGAUUGGAUCGAGGUUACCGUCCAUAAUAAUAUUUCCGAUGAAGGAACUGCUUUUCACUGGCAUGGCAAUCUCCAGCAAGAGACUCAAUGGAUGGACGGCGUACCGGGCGUGACGCAGUGCCCAAUUGCUCCCAGGUCUACUUUCACUUACAAGUUCAAGCCAGACAUUUACGGUUCGUCAUGGUACCACGCCCACUACGAGUCUCAACUUGCCAGUGGUUUGAUUGGUCCCAUGGUAAUCUACGGUCCCCAACACUACGAUUACGACAUUGACGUCGGUCCGGUCAUGGUCCACGAUCAUUACCACACAUAUUAUGAGACCAUCGAGGUGGGGGUCAUGGCUAACCCAGCCAGACCCACGCGUUCCGACAACAAUCUAAUCAACGGCAAGAACUCCUUCAACGGCAAUAACGCACCUCUGGCGUCCUUCAACUUCACCACCAACAAGAAGAUUCGUCUGCGCCUCAUCAACCCGUCCGUAGUAGCUGUGGAAAAGGUGUCAAUCGAUGGACACCAAAUGACUGUCAUCGCCAAUGAUUUUGUCCCCGUGCAGCCAUAUCAGACCGACGUCGUGACGCUCGCGCCGGGUCAACGCACUGACGUCGUCAUUCAGGGGCUUAAAGACCCCAAGGGCACGUACUGGCUGCGUGCUUACAAGAGCCCUAACUGUUCACCCAGCCAACCCAAUUCGCUUGAGGCCAAAGCAGCCAUCUUUUACGAGAAAGCUGACCGUACGCAGCAGCCAAAUAGCCAAGCAGGUGUAAAUGCGUACAACAAGUACUGUGGCAACGACGAGCUGACGAAGACGGUACCACUGUUCCCCAUUGCCCCAGGGCAGCCAGGUUAUACGGAAGUCGUUCCUAUUGUAUUCCGGUCUAACGGCACUGCGGACCUGUGGUACUUGCAGAACCGCACCGCCCGGGUGGACUACAAUGAGCCCGAACUGCUAGAUGCCAAGAAGGGAGAUUUGAACUUCGACUAUAUCCAAAACGUGCAUAACUACGGCACUAACUCGUCGAUCCGUUUUAUAAUCGAAAACCCAGGCGCUCAACCGCACCCUAUUCAUUUACAUGGCCAUAACAUAUGGAUUCUCCAACAGGGUGCUUGCGAUGCCAGCAAGUUUGAUCCUGAUUAUCUCGCGGGCGAUGUCUCGGCACGUGGGCUGCCGACUGGUGCCGAUGGGCCAGGAGCGCCGAGGAAUACCGUUCGAAGCUCUGACGACAAGGAGUUGGAGAGUCGCGAGCCGACCCUGGGUUUAUUGGACAAACUUAAAGACUUGUUGACAGGCAAGAAAGGCGGAAAAGAUACUCCGACUGUGGAGAAGGGACAUUGCUGGGAUGGCUCGAUUGUCAAUUCGCAGAAUCCCCAGCGGCGUGAUGUGCAUAUGUUAUUGCCGAAUUCCUAUGUUGUCCUUCAGUGGAAUCAGGAUAACCCGGGUCACAUUGCCUGGCACUUGUCCGGUGGCUUCCUAUGGAUGGUCCUAGAGAACCCGGAGGCCAUCAAGAAACUGCCUAUUCCGGAUGUAAUGGAAGAUCAGUGUCAAGUGUGGAUGGAGUGGACAAAUAAUCACGUGGUCGACCAAAUCGGCGACGGCAUUUAG